GUUGCGGAUAACAUUUUAUUACCUUUUUUGGAAAUCAUGAAGCCUCCGCGGUUGCUGCAUUCAUUUCUACUCUUAGCGAUACUGACAGUUUUGUUUGCCCCUACUUCAGAUAGUGCUCAAACGACAAGGCGAAGAAUUCGUAGACCCGUAAUAUCAACAUCAUCCUCGACAUCGUCAUCGAGUUCAGCCAGUACGAAAGUCAAAGUGGUGACGGCUGCUCCUUCGGGCGCCGUAGCAGAGAAGAGAUCAUCGACGGAGCCAAGGCCGGCAGCGAGCGUGAAUCGGUUCCGCGUUCGCACGAGGCCCUCGAAGGCCGGAGCAAAGGUCCAAGCCGCCGGCACCUCUGUCAGGCUCACCGGCAAAAAGGAUAAAGAGGACAAAGAUGGAGCAAAGAUCGUAUGUUAUUACACAAAUUGGUCUCAAUACCGGACUAAAAUCGGUAAAUUCGUUCCGGAAGAUAUUCCAGCAGAUUUGUGUACACACAUAAUAUUUGCUUUUGGUUGGUUAAAGAAAGGAAAAAUGAGUUCUUUUGAAAGUAACGACGAAACUAAAGACGGAGUACCUGGUCUCUAUGACAGGGUAAACUCUUUGAAGAAGGCAAAUCCUAAAUUGAAGGUUCUACUUGCCAUUGGUGGUUGGUCUUUUGGAACACAGAAAUUCAAGGAUCUAUCAAAAACUAGAUAUACUCGCCAAACCUUUAUUUAUUCAACAAUACAAUUCUUGAGAAAACGAAACUUUGAUGGACUCGACAUGGAUUGGGAAUAUCCAAAAGGAUCAGAUGAUAAAAAGAAUUUUGUUCUACUCUUGAAAGAACUACGUGAAGCUUUCGAAGCAGAAGCUCAAGAAAUUCGAAAACCGCGGUUGCUACUAACAGCCGCCGUCCCAGUCGGCCCAGACAACGUAAAAAGUGGAUACGAUGUACCGGCAGUAGCUAGUUAUCUAGACUUUAUAAAUCUGAUGGCCUAUGACUUUCACGGUAAAUGGGAGCGCGAGACAGGACACAAUGCACCAUUGUAUUCACCCUCCUCAGAUUCGGCUUGGAGACGACAAUUGAGUGUCGACAAUGCGGCCAAUAUGUGGGUCAAAUUGGGAGCACCCCGUGAAAAACUUAUCAUAGGUAUGCCUACAUAUGGAAGAACUUUUACUCUUGCAAAUACAGAAAAGUUCACUGUAAACUCACCAGCUUCUGGAGGUGGUAAAGCAGGCGAACAUACUAAAGAAGCAGGUUUUCUUGCCUAUUACGAAAUUUGCGAAAUGUUAAAUAACGGUGCUGUUUACAUUUGGGAUGAGGAAAUGAAAGUUCCUUAUUUAGUUGAUGGUGAUCAAUGGGUAGGAUUUGAUGAUGAGAGAUCAAUUCGUAACAAAAUGAAGUGGAUCAAGGAUGGCGGUUAUGGAGGAGCCAUGGUCUGGACUGUUGAUAUGGAUGACUUUAGCGGAACUAUUUGUGGCGGUAAUGUGAAAUAUCCAUUAAUUGGUGCAAUGAGAGAAGAGUUACGGGGUAUUUCCCGUGGAAAGGAUGCAAAAGAUGUUGAUUGGACAAAAGUAGCUGGAUCAAUAGAAGACCUUCAAGGACCACUUGAAGAAGAAACUGUCGUGUCAAAAGUGAAACCCGCGCCAGAGAAAAUUGAUGCUAAUGAACUUUUGCAACGUGUCAAGAAAACCAACAAACGCAAGCAACAAGUAGUCGAAACAAAUACUCGGCCAGGACAAGUAUUUUGUUAUGUGACCAGUUGGUCAAGCAAACGGCCAGGAGCAGGUAAAUUUUCGCCAGCUGAUGUAGAUCCUUCACUUUGUACGCAUUUGGUGUACGCAUUUGCAACCUUGAAAGAUCAUUUACUUGCGGAAGGAAGUGAAAAGGAUGGCGAAAUGUACGAAUCUGUUGUUCAGUUACGGGAAAAGAAUCCCGACAUGAAGGUGCUUUUGGCAAUUGGAGGAUGGGCAUUUGGAUCAUCACCGUUUAAAGAAUUAACGUCCAACGUUUUCAGAAUGAAUCAAUUUGUAUAUGAAGCAAUCGAUUUCUUGAGAGAUUAUCAAUUUGAUGGACUUGACGUUGACUGGGAAUACCCUAGAGGUGCAGACGAUCGGGCAGCUUAUGUAAAUCUGUUAAAAGAAUUGCGAUUAGCAUUUGAAGGCGAAGCAAAAACAUCAGGAUUGGCAAGAUUAUUGCUUACUGCUGCGGUACCUGCUUCAUUUGAAGCCAUUGCUGCAGGUUAUGAUGUUCCAGAGAUAUCUAAAUAUUUGGAUUUUAUCAACGUUAUGACCUAUGAUUUCCAUGGCCAAUGGGAACGAACUGUUGGGCAUAAUAGUCCUCUAUAUCCUUUGGAAAGCGCUACUAGUUACCAGAAAAAACUGACUGUGGACUUCAGUGCUAGAGAAUGGGUGAAACAAGGAGCUCCUAAAGAGAAGUUAUUAAUAGGAAUGCCAACUUAUGGACGUUCUUUCACGUUGCUAAAUGAAUCUCAAUUUGAUAUUGGAGCACCCGCAUCUGAUGGAGGUGUUGAAGGCAAAUACACAACGGAAGCAGGAUUUUUAAGCUAUUACGAAGUAUGUAGCUUUUUAUCUGAGGAUAAUACGACAUUAGUUUGGGAUAGUGAACAACAAGUACCGUUUGCAUAUCGUGGGGAUCAAUGGGUAGGGUUUGAUGAUGAAAGAAGUCUUAAAACAAAGAUGUCGUGGUUAAAGGAUGAAGGCUUUGGUGGCAUAAUGGUUUGGUCUGUAGACAUGGACGAUUUUCGUGGUCAAUGCGGUGCAGGCAAAUAUCCGUUAUUAAAAGCCCUAAAUGGAGAAUUGAAAGGUUACAGUGUACCUCUAGAAUAUGAUGGACCAUAUGAAGCAAAAGGCCAAGGCCCAGGCGGUGCUUAUACUACCAAAGAUCCCCAACAAGUUAGCUGCGAGGAGGAGGAUGGUCAUAUUAGCUAUCAUCCUGAUUUAGCUGAUUGCACAAUGUAUUAUAUGUGCGAAGGUGAACGAAAACACCAUAUGCCUUGCCCGGCGCAACUGGUGUUUAACCCGAACGAAAACGUUUGCGACUGGCCCGAAAAUGUUGAGAGUUGCCACCAUCACACAGCAGCACCUCCACCUUCUAAGUGA